CUCUCUUUCAUAUUAGAUUAUAUGAUGAAAACAGAGUCAUUGUAGGGAUUAGCAGUUAACUCAUUCUAAAUAGAAUAUGGAGCAAAUAGAGAACAUGGAUAUCACUACUAGAUGUGGAUUAGUGGAGGAUAUGCUGCUCACGUCUAAGGUCCCAUAAGUCUCUUUUUCCCUCCUUUUUAAGUAGACUCCAAUCCCACACCUCAUCCUCAGGAUUUCUGCCCUUCUCUACAAUGGAUUAUCCAGUUUCAUUUGAAAUGAGUGAGUGCUUUUCUCUUGGAGAUCUAGAAAAGCAGAUUUCUGUAGAUCCAAUAUCACUGAAAGAAUCAUCUCACAGAGAAGUGAUUGUUGACCCAUUGGUGGUGAAGCCUGUUGUUACUGCUCCCCCUGUUGUGACAGCUCCAAAAGCCAAUGUACUUGACCAACUGCCACCCCUACUGCCUGCAAAGCCAAAAUUCUUAAGCUUCAGUCUCCCGAACUCGGCAACCUCCUCGCCGCGAUUGAAGAAGAAAUGGAAAGAUGAAAGCCAAGCAUCUCCCCAGCAGCAAAUGGAGAAUCUGACCCACUUGCAACAAGAAAUUCAAUUUAGGAGGAGCAAGUCAUGUGGUCAAGGAAGAGCAUGUGCCCCUUCAGAUGACUUUGAUCUUUGGCUGAUCCAACCAAAUGCCACUGAAAAGGUCACCAGGCAUUACAGCAGCCUCCCUAGACCUGAGCCCCACAAAGUUGCUCAUAAAAAUGGCAAGAAAAUGGACCCAUGUGAUGAUAAGUUCACAUGUGGAGCCCUGUGCUUGUUCAUUCCAGGCUUUGGCAAGGCAAAGCCAGUGAGAGCAAGGAAGGUAGAACCUGAUGAGCUGGGAAAUGUCAUCUCCAGGACAGUUUCCUUGGAAAAAUUUGAAUGUGGCUCUUGGGCAUCAGCUAUGAUCAAUGAGCAUGAUGAUGACUCUGUUAGUCACUACUUUGAUCUUCCACUGGAGCUAAUACGAAGCAGCAUCAACGACACAGAUUCACCAAUUUCUACAUCUUUUGUGUUUGACACUGAUAGAAAAGGAGUUCUGAAGAAUGGCUCCUCAAGAACACAAGGCCGGAAAUCACAUGAAGCCUCACGCCAUGUUCGGUUUUCGACAUCAUCGUCUCCUACAUCACCGACCGUUUGCGUUACACCUCGAUUGCGCAAGGCUAGGAAUGAUUUCAAAGCUUUCUUAGAAGCACAGAGUACAUAACUCCCUAUGUUUUUUGGUCGGGUUGGCAUUGGACCCCUGACUGGGCUCGGGUUGGAUUCUGAAGUGGGUUGGGCUGAUUGGAUCCUUCUAUUUGGAAGUUUAGGACUAUGGACGUUCUUUUAGUCAACUGAACAAAAGAAUCAUUCAAUAGUGAGGGCGGGCAUAUAUAAUGGCCUCACUACAUAGAAUUCUUGCUGAAGGAAAAGACUGGGUUAACCCCAAAAGACUGGGCCGAUAGAAACAAAAUAUUAUGACCCCCAAGCUAC